AUGCUAUUUACAUUAUAUGUACUAUUAUCGUGUUUGUCUUGUGUUCAUUUAAUCAUUCCUAACACCUGGUCUUCAACAUCCACGAAUUGUGUUUGGCAUUUCUAUACAUCAAAGGAUCAUUUCAGUAAAAGAAUCGAUUUACGAGAUAUUCGAAACCAACUAUUAACUGUGUCUCUGAAUGAUUCAUCUUAUUAUUUCAAUCCAUGUAAAACUUUUAAUUUUCCAAUCAACGUAGAUCCACAUACAGUGAAAGGUGAACAAUGUCAUAAUGUCUUAGGUUGUAAACGAAUCGUACGACUACAGAAUGAUUCGGAAUAUUACACAGUUGCUAUUCGUAUGAAUUCGAUGGUUCUACCACAAACGACAUUGUUGACAACUCGAUACUAUGGAUCAAAAUCUUAUGCAAAUCAAACGGUAGACGUUGAAUGCGAAUGCAAUCGACGAGUGCAUCGUGCACAAUUGAGAUUCGUUAAAUACGGCCAGAAGCAAAUGCCAAUAUUUUCAUUGACUCAUCGUUGUUGUUGUCCAAAUGUGUGUGGAGUUGGCAAUGCAUUCCCGAAAGAACUUCUAUUAGUUCUUCUCUUUGUUAUCUUUUUCAUUAUUGGCACAGCUAUUUGGAUCUUUUUCCAAUGCCGUCGACAUUAUCCGGAACGAAAUACUUAUGGAGCUAUAGCAACUACGGAUAUGAAUAUCAAUACAUUGGAACCAUCGCAGGUACUUAAAAUCAGUCUACCAGAAAGUAAUCAUCGAAAUGCAACGGUCCGACGGCCGCGAAGUCGAUCGAUUGUGCCUGUUCUUGAAAAUUCAACGAUAUCUUCUCAAGAUUUUAAAGUGAUUAAACGAUUAGGUGUUGGUGAAUUAGGUGGUGAAGUUUGUGAAGGGCGUUGGAACGAUAAAUUAGUCGCAGUGAAAACAUUACGUAUCGGUGUUCAUCCCGAGAAAUUUUCUCAGAAUGAUAAAGCAUAUCUGGAGAAUGAAAUCGGCUUAUUAAGUCACGUUCGUCACAAGAAUCUCACCGCUGUCAUUGGUAUUUGUUUUGAUAUUGAUAUUUAUCCCCGCAUACUUCUAUCAUUUGCUGAACAUGGUACAAUCAUCGAUUUUAUUCGGCGCUUUCCAACGAAAGUCGAUUGGUCGCUGAGAUUAUCCUGGUGUGUGAAUACAACCGAUGCGCUUGCAUAUUUACACCAAGCAAAAAUUCUUCAUCGAAAUUUAAAAUCAUCAAACUUAUUGAUUGGUGUUGAUCUACGUGUACAUGUUUGUGAUUAUGGUCUCAUGCCAAUUCUUCAACCGUUACGACAGGCAUGUGACAGCGAACGUUGUUUAUGUCGAUUAAGUCAUCCAUCAUUACCCGUAUCGAUUCGUUGGUCAGCACCGGAAAUCCUUUCGAAUCCAUCGGAUAGCUCACGAUUCACUCCAGCCUGUGAUGUUUACUCGUUUGGUGUUUGUCUUUGGGAACAAGUUCGUCUCGAACAACCUUAUGCAGAAAUCAAAGAUGAAGCUGAAGUGAGUCGAAUGAUUGUCGAAGGCGUCCGUUUAACCCCAUUCGAAGAUACAGCAACUAUCGUCAUGCCCGAUUAUAAUCAAAUCAUGAAAGCUUGCUGGAGUACAAAUCCAACCGAUCGGCCGACGUUUGAUUCCAUCGGUCAACUUUUACGAGGAGCAUUACCGAAAGUAAAACAAUUCCAAAAAAUGUCGAUGAGAAGAUUUUCCUCAACAACUUAUGCAACGGAUAUUCAGGAAGAACAUUCAGCUCUAGUAAGGCUUGAUUCACGAUUAUCAACAGACACAUCGAAAUCACCUAAUAUGAAUGUCUAA